AUGUUAGGUGAAGAUCGUUCAACAUCAACAGCUGAUGCUUUAGCUCGUUGGUUUCAAUCAUUUCAAUCUGAUAUUAUUAUUGAUGGAGAUAAUUUACGUUGUUUAACAUCAAAUCCAAAUUUAGAUGAUAUUUGGCAAAGAAUUAUUCGACAUUGUCAUCCAACUGAUUAUGUCAAAAAAGUAAAAGAAACUCUACGUAUUGCUGAAUUAAAAGAACGUUAUCCAGAUCGAUGGGAACAACAUAAAAAUGCUCAAAUUCAACACGGUCAAAUUGAACAACGAAUUUCUCUUCGUUUACGUGAAAUUUAUUCAGCACGUUCAGAACAAUCAACAAAUGUAUUUAAUGAAUUAAAUCGUGUUCAAACAAUGAUUAAUGAUGAAUAUUAUAUUAUAUCUUCACUUGAUAAACAACUUCAAAUAUAUCGACAAUUAGCUAAUUAUUUAAAUCAAUUAUUUCAAAUAAAACAACAAUUAGAUUUAUUAACAUCAACAAAUUCAACAAAUCAUCAAGAAUUAGUUACAGAAUUAAUCAAUCCAAAUAAUUCAUUAAUAGGAAAAUUUCAACAAUCAAUUCAUUUGAAUGAUUUAUGUUCUCUUAUGAAUACACUUAUUCAACAACGAAUUAAUCAACUUAGUAAAAUAGAAAAAGAUGAACAAGAACGAAGUUCAACUAUAAUUGAUACUUAUGAAGAAGCUCUUAGAAAAACUAAUCUGAAUUUUACUAAACAAUUUGUACAUUUGGCAAAUAUUCGUAUGGAAUGUGCAAAACUUCGUAGUCGACUUGAUGAUAGUAAACGAGAAGUUUUAUCUCGUCGAUCAUCAAUUGAACAAACUCAAUUAAUGUCUAUUCUAGAUGCAAUGAUUGCUAGUAAAUCAGUUGAUGUUCAUUUAAGUUUAUUAAAAAAAAGAGUUCAAACAGAAAUUGAACAAACAAAAAAAUCUGAUGAAAAAUUAAUUCCACGUAUUCAUCAACAAAUAAAUGAAAAACGAAAUGAACUUAAUAGAAUUGAUAAUCAAUUAAAUAAAAUAAUUCAAGAAAAUCCUUUAGAAAAAUUAGAAAAACUUGAAUUAAAAAUUCAUGAUUAUAUUCGACUUAUUAAUGAUCUUCCAGGACAUUUUCAUUCAUUAAAUAUAAUGCAUUUAUCAUUAUCAAAUGAUCUUCGUUCAAAUAUUUUAACAUGGCCUAUUGAACAAUUUUCUCGAAUAAAUUUAAUAAAUAAUUCAAUUGAACUUCCAAUUGAAUCUCCUCCAACACCAUUAGUUAUGAUACCAUCUCAAACUCCAACAACACCAUUAACAUCACUUAAACAAUUACUUGGAAUUCGAACACAAGAUACAACUAUACUUGAACCAUCAUUACCAAAUGAAAUUUUAUCAAAUGAAGAAAAUCAAAGUUGGGAUAUUGAUAUAAAUGAAGAUGAAACAUUAGCAAUUAAAUAUCCAUCAAUAUUAUCAAUUGAUUGGGAUAUUUUAACACGUGUUGAUUAUCAAAUGGAAGAAGCACUUAAACAAUGUCAACUAGAUUUUAUUCAAUAUGAACUAUUUUUUCAAAAUAUUAUCAAAGAAAUUCACGUCUUACAAUAUGAAUAUACGAAAAAACCGGCUUUUCGUUCAUAA